CAGGGCAGCUGCUGCAGGGCGUUAAGAUGGUGCCUCCGGACCGAGGCUCCUCUGUUUAUUUUUGUUGGAAGCAACGCUCGCACUCGCCUUUGCGUCGAACGCUGUUUUUCCUGUAAUAUUCUAUGCAUUUCGAAGGUUCUGUUGCACGAAUGUAAUUUAUGUCCUCUUAUAUUUCCGCGGCUCCGACGGCGAACAGCUCGCUGAACAGCUACUGGGGCUGAAGUUUGAGCGGCGCGUUUGCUGCCCUGCUCGAAACUAAGCGGAGUGGCUCGACCUGGCUAGUAAGCGAGGCUGGACUCCUAGCUGACUGGCUCGUUACUCAAACAACAACGAACUGUCAAGGCUACAGAGUGAGAGGACACUGACUGGACGUUACACUGAUGCUUUCUUCUGCCUGAACAUCUAGUGAGACAGAUCUGAAGAGGCACAAAGGCGGAGACAACAGAGUUUGGUCAACAUGUCAAUCACAAACACGCCGACCAGUAAUGACGCUUGCCUGAGCAUCGUGCACAGUCUGAUGUGUCACAGGCAGGGUGGGGAGAGCGAGACCUUCGCUAAGCGGGCCAUCGAGAGUCUGGUGAAAAAGCUGAAAGAGAAGAAGGACGAGCUUGACUCGCUCAUCACCGCCAUCACUACCAAUGGAGCUCACCCCAGCAAAUGUGUCACAAUCCAGCGCACCCUGGAUGGUCGACUUCAGGUGGCGGGCCGCAAAGGUUUUCCUCAUGUGAUCUAUGCGCGACUGUGGCGAUGGCCAGACCUCCACAAAAACGAGCUUAAGCAUGUCAAAUACUGCCAGUUUGCCUUUGACCUGAAGUGUGACAGCGUUUGUGUGAACCCUUACCAUUAUGAGCGGGUGGUCUCAGCAGGCAUAGACCUGUCUGGACUUACACUGUCAGGUUCUGGUUCAUCUGGACUCAUGGUCAAAGACGAGUAUGACUAUGAUUGUCCGUCAUCCUUGCCCAGUUCUGAGGGCCACAUCCAGACUAUCCAGCACCCUCCCUCUAGACCUGUGGGUCAGGAGGCCUUCAGCACACCAGCCCUGCUUCCUCCAGGAGAUGGCAGCAGCUCAGCCUCCACUUCUGCCUUCUCAAGUAUUGCAGUGGGAUCUACAACUCAUUCCAAUAGUCUUCUCUCAGGGAGCCAUAGCAGUGAGGGUCUGCUACAGAUUGCUUCAGGGACAGGGCAGGGAACACAGCAGAAUGGCUUCCCCCCUGGCCAGACCUCCACUUACCACCACAAUGCCACUUCCACCUGGACAAGAAACAGCAAUUUCACACCCAAUGUGCCUCACCCUCAAAAUGGCCAUAUCCAGCACCAUCCACCCAUGCACCAUCCAGGACACUACUGGCCUGUUCACAAUGAAAUUGCAUUUCAGCCACCUAUUUCCAACCACCCGGCUCCUGAGUAUUGGUGCUCCAUUGCCUAUUUUGAGAUGGAUGUACAGGUUGGGGAAACUUUUAAGGUUCCUUCAAAUUGCCCCAUUGUCACUGUGGAUGGGUAUGUGGACCCAUCAGGUGGCGACCGCUUUUGCCUGGGCCAGCUGAGUAACGUGCACAGAACUGAAGCCAUUGAGAGAGCAAGGUUGCACAUUGGUAAGGGUGUCCAGCUGGAGUGCAAAGGUGAAGGUGACGUGUGGGUGCGCUGCCUGAGUGAUCACGCCGUUUUCGUACAGAGCUAUUAUUUAGACCGAGAGGCUGGACGUGCCCCUGGAGACGCUGUACACAAGAUCUACCCAAGUGCAUAUAUCAAGGUGUUUGACCUGCGGCAGUGCCACCGGCAGAUGCAGCAGCAGGCAGCCACAGCUCAAGCAGCGGCUGCGGCCCAGGCGGCAGCGGUGGCUGGAAACAUCCCUGGACCUGGAUCUGUGGGGGGGAUCGCACCUGCAAUCAGUUUAUCUGCAGCUGCUGGCAUUGGUGUGGAUGACCUGCGCAGGCUGUGCAUCUUGCGGAUGAGCUUUGUGAAGGGCUGGGGGCCGGACUACCCCAGGCAGAGUAUUAAGGAGACGCCGUGCUGGAUCGAGAUCCACCUCCACCGGGCCCUGCAGCUGCUGGACGAGGUGCUGCACACAAUGCCCAUAGCUGACCCCCAGCCCCUGGACUGAGAGCUUUUCACUUGUACCCCUGUUUAUUUAGGACCUUGAGGCACUGAAGUGGAUUUCCAAGCCCCCAUUUAUUGUUUUCCUUUUUUUUUUAUUUUUAUGAAAUGCAGCCUAAUGCCUAAUGCCGUUGAACUGUGUAAGCCAGUGCGGAUGAGCCCCUGGUGUAAACAGUGGGGUAAAUUCGUAGUACUAGCCAACCUCUAUCCCUGUGUUGAAAACAAAAGGCAAGGUGCAAGAACUUGACUCAACUUUCCUAAAGUCAAUACAAUUUUUAAUGGGACAAGCAUGGAAAGCUGCUGCAGGAUUUCACAGAAACAUCAAGUUGUGGUUUUGUUUUUUUAUUUGAGGCACCCAUACCAUGUUGCUUUUUGCAUCUCCUAAGUACACAAGUCCUCCCACAGUGGUGGCAUAUACCAUGCACUGGGGGAAGGACCUAAAGCGAUGCAACAAAUGAGGAGUCUGAAACUGAGCAGAGAAUUCUGAGCAUUGUGUGAUUAAAUGGUUUCAGCUCCUCACAUGCAGCUGUUGUGGCUAUAGCAAGUGAUGUGAUUUCUAUAUAUGGACUAAUGUAUCUUGGCAAAAUUUCAUGGAUGCCGUUUUUCAGUUGGAUGUACAUUUGGGCCUUUGAACAAACCUGUUCAGGGACACGAUGCAAGUUUGUUACCAGAGGAGUAUCACUGCUUUACAGGGUAACGUUUCAUGAAUUAUUAAUGACUUAUUGGUCCACCAUUAAGUUGCUGACCUGCGUAUUAAUGUGGUCAUUUGAGCUGGAACUAGGCUGUUCUUGGUCACCAACUAAAGCUCCCUGUGCUUUUAUACAACAGCCAGGGAUGUUAACCCAUUUUGCUCAGUCAAUCAGUCCUUUAGUUUAUCAGAGAAUUCAUGUAGCAGUUACUGUUUUUCCCCUUGUGGCACGAGAAUGAGGCAGUUAUUGUAUCCCCAGUAUUUGCUACAAAAUGUGUACAUUGAUGAACUGUAUUAGGUCAGGUUGGAAAGCCUGUAAUUUAAACCCCUCUUGUUCUGUAAGAUAUACAGCGGUUAAGGUAGGUAGGAUGUGUCCAGCUUCAGUUGAAUGGGCAAUAAGAAUAUUCCCUUUUUUCCUUUUAGCUAAAUGCCAUGAUUGAUUACUGUAGCACUUUAUUGAUGCCCCCCCCCAUAUAUCAAUCAGCAAACCUGGGCUGUACCUUCAAUGAAUUAAGAGGGAAUUCCAUUGAUUUUUUUUUUUUUUUUUUUUUUUUUUAAAUCUCUGCAUGAUUUAAUUGAUAGGAUGCAAGUCUUUCAAAAUGGAAUCCACCAAUCUGUCAGCUUGUUCAGUGCUGGUAAAAGGAACCAGACGUCAAAGUGCAUGAAAUGGUUAGGAAUAUGUUGGCCGACACCUGAAACAUUGUUUUAUAAUUGUUGUCAGAAGCUUUUGGCUCAAAUUAUGUAUAUUUUAAGUCUUUUUAUGGCAAAGGGCCAAAUACCAAAAUAAACUGUUUCAAUUGGUUAUUUUUGAUAGCAGAUAAAAUGACCCCUGGGUCCCAUAACCACUACAUUUCACAUCAUGUAAACUUUUAGAUCUCAGUGAUGAAAAAUCAGUGGAAUUCCUGUUUAAUUAAUGCUCCAUUGACAGGACAUGAAAACCAUGCUAGGGUGCAUCCACAGCAAUCACUGACAGGAAAUUACUUUUUUCCACAAUGUCACUCAUGUCUCAAUACAUGUUAAAAGGGCUUGUGAUGUUUUCUUAGCCUCAAACAAACUCUGCUCUUAACUCCGUGUUGAGGAAAGUAAGACUUGAGAUACCUCACUGGGAAAAGAAUCCUUAUUUCGGUUUCUCAUUUUAAUUCCCAAUGCAGGAUAUCCAGGUUCAACAGUGAAUAAUGUAAUAAAUUCCAAUAAUGUUUUGAUUAGAAAUGAACUGGAAACCAUGUGUAUGUAACACUGAAAGCCAUAUGACAUUAGACGAGGAUAAUGUUAGUAUUACAUGGAGCUUAUAAUGUGGGUUUUUUUUGGGCUUUAAGUACAGAUUGAUGUAUCGAGUGAAGGGUAAAGGAGUUUAGACAAUCCUAUCAUGGCCUGUCUUAGAGGUUCUUAUGUAGAUGUAGUUUCCUUUUGCUACUUUUAUUAUAAGCAGCCUGAUAAAGUCCUAUAUCUAUUUGUACGAAAAGAAAUAGGAUUACUUUAAAAUAGGAAUACAGACACUUGUGACAGCAUUUGCUCUUUCAGGUAGAACUUCAGUUUUAUCAAUUAAUUGAAAUAUAUUUGAAAGUAGAA